AUGGCGUCUUUGAAGGAAGCAGUUGCCGAGAUGCUGACGCAGCCGCUGGACUGGCCGUACCAGGUGUACAACUGCUUCACACUGGUCCUGAGCUGUGCCGUCCUGAUGUUUGUCUUGGUGAUUCACGAGAUGUCGAUGUCCGCAUCGAUCUUGCCGCAUGCGUUUCAAAUGGUCACGCUGCGAAAGCGCCGCAUGUACUGCUUCGAAGUCGACAUCAGCUCGGGGCCCGCGGCGCGGAAGGUUCGCAUGCAGUACGUUUGGCUGCUGCGCACGGCAGUGCUUGUCGUCGGCUGUUACCUGUGGCAAACCUGCGUGUUGUCUUACUGGGCAUUCGACUUUCGCGACGCAUCGGGGAAACAGAACUUGGUCUCUGCAUGCCAGAACGAUGGCGCCGACUGCUUCGGGACGAAGCACAACUUCGACUUCUUCUCCGUGAACGCGAGUCCGACAAAUCUGUGCGUCAAGUACGACUUGGCAGCAACGCUGCGCACCGAGGUCCAGGAGGAAAUCAGCUCCCAGUACCGAUACGUCACGUGCAUCAACUUUGUAAAACCCAAUACGCUGACUUACACGCAACACCUGGCGAUCGCGUACGCCCUCGCCAAGAUGAUCAUCACCCUCUUCGAGGUCCUCGUGUGGCUCCUCUACCGGAGCAGAUCGAGCCUCCUCCCCACCGUCGUCCUCGCCGUCGGAAUCGUCUUCCUCGCCGUCUGGGUGGGUAGCAUCUUCAUCCCGCGCCUCCUCUCCUUCUUCAGCUCGUGGAUCGGCUACGUCAUGCUCCUCUCCGUCCCCAUCGUGCUGUGGACUGCGCUCCUCGCCGCACACUUUCUACGGAAAAUCCAACACCAAAAAUGGACUCUGUGGCAAAUCCAAGCAAACCGGCCCAUGGCGAGAGCGGAGGAUCCCGACAACGACUUUCGGCACCCGCGGUCGAACUCGCUUCUCAACGACACAGACUAUCGCGACGAUGGCGCUGCGCCGCCUUCCCCUGGAGAGCAGUCGAGGCGGAGUGUGUUCUCGCCGCGGCAGAGUUGCGCGUCGCCUGUCACGCUUCACACCUCCUCGGACAAUCUCCCGAGUCAGGCGACUGCGUUGGAGAAGCGGACAACGAGUUCUGUGGACUUCCGACCCUUCUCCGGGUCGCGUUUUUCCAUGCCGACUCGGUAUCAGCUGGCGAAGGGGGCCGACGCCCAGAAGAGUGGAAAGCGCGGCGAGAAGCGAGAGCGCGUGUUCAAGACUGCGUCUGCGAUGCUGCGCAAAGAAACCAGCGAGAGGAGCGAAGGUUCUAAGAAUGCAGAGACGACGGGGCUCCUCAGCGACGCUGACGCGCACGCGAGGCAGGAGACACAGGGCGAAGGCGCAGGAGGAAGCAAAAGGGAGGACUCGAAAGGCGAAGUGGAAGUGACAAAGGCGCAGAACUAG